CCCUGAACGCACCAUGAGACGUGUCGCGUCUCUGCUUCCUGCUCUGUCUCUGCAGCGAAACUGCAAAAACAACAUGCUUUAGCGGCCAAAACACACCACAAACACCUAUGACACUACCACCGGGACUCUCCUAACAUCUGCCCCUCAGUGUACUUUCCGCGGGUCCAACGUUUGUGAAAAAGCGGCUUGACGAUGCAGUUUUCUCCCAAUAAUGGAGACUUUACGUUCGUGUCUUCCGCUGAGGCUGAGGAGCUCAGUGGGACCAUCGUUGCUCCGGAUGUGAAGCUGAACAUGGGCUCGGAUUCGGGGAGGGACCCUUAUGCCACGACGUUCCUGCGACAGAGAGGCUAUGGCUGGCUCCUGGAGGUGGAGGAGGAUGAGAGUGAUGACAACAAACCGCUACUGGAGGAGCUGGACAUUGACCUGAAAGACAUUUACUAUAAGCUGCGCUGUGUCCUGAUGCCGAUGCCAUCCCUGGGGUAUAACAGACAGGUGGUGAGAGACAACCCCGACUUCUGGGGUCCUCUGGCUGUGGUCCUGUUCUUCUCCAUGAUUUCCAUCUACGGGCAGUUCAGGGUGGUGUCCUGGAUCAUCACGAUUUGGAUUUUUGGGUCUUUAAUAAUUUUCCUUUUGGCUCGAGUCCUUGGAGGAGAGGUUUCUUAUGGUCAGGUUCUUGGCGUCAUCGGUUACUCUCUGCUACCGCUCAUCGUCAUCGCUCCGUUACUGCUCUUCAUCGGGGGAUUCGAGCUGCUCUCUAUAGUCAUCAAAUUGUUCGGUGUGUUCUGGGCGGCCUACAGCGCUGCUUCACUUCUCGUCGGUGAUGAGUUUAAAACAAAGAAACCGCUCCUGAUAUACCCCAUCUUCCUGCUCUACAUCUACUUCCUGUCUCUGUACACCGGAGUCUGACGGACCAAUCAGAGCCCAGGACUAAAGGACUCAUGCCUGGCUCUGACCAAUCACAGCACAGAACCAGGACCACACUGCAUCCACACCACAGAGGUCUCAGAGGUGCUGGACUGGAGUGGGACUGGAGUGGGACUGGACUGGUACUGGACCAAGAGUACAGACCUAAGUAAGGAAAAAGUAAACCAAUUUUUCAUCUGAAUUUUGACUAAACCAGAUCUAUCAUUAAACAGCUCCAAGCCAGGUCUAAACAAGGUCUAAACGGGGACUAAGCUGGGACUGAACUGGGACUGAACUGGGACUGAACUGGGACUGAACUGGGACUGAACUGGGACUGAACUGGGACUAAACUGGGACUAUACCAGAUCAAGCAUUAAACAGCCCCAAACCAGGACUAAACUAAGACACAACCCGGAACAAACUUGGUCCUUAUUGCAAAGUCUAAACCAGGACUAAGUGAGAAAAAAUGCACUAAACCGGAUCUAAACCAGGUCUAAACUGUAUGAAACCCUGGACCUCUGUGGACUGUGUCUGGUUGUGGCCUUUUAAGGAUGUUUUGUUUUUUAUCAGAUUUGAUUCUUGUGCUCGUGGGGGAGGAGGGUUAUAUAUACAUGUAAAUAUUUUGUCUUUCGUCAAAAUAAUAAAAAAGCCUGAGGUUUUCUUUGUGCAAUACACUUUCAUAUUCUGGGACAUUUCUCAAGACUCAACUACUUUUGUUUCCAUGGU